CUUGUUAAAUAACUUACCUUUUUUUUUCGCAUACCUGAUUCGAAGCCGGCGAUGGCCUUUGCUCAGAGGCAGCUAUUGAGCUCCGCGCUAUCACCGGCGGCACCUCCUCGCCGUCGGCGAGCGGUUUCUAACGCAGCAUCGUCCUCUUACAUUGCUGAUCAAAACAGAUCUCCUUCUCAAAUCACUCCAUCUAAGGAAUCCACCGAGUGGAACCGGAAGAAAGUGUUCCUGUCCACUGCCACUUUUUCUGCCUCAGCGGCUGGUGGGGGAUUUCUUUUCAGUUUCUUAUCAACUCCGCCUCCAGGAAACACUGGAGGCGGCGGGGGGAGUGGCGGGGGGGGGGGGGGGGGGGGGGGGGGAGGUGGGGGCGGUGGCAAUGGUGAUGGCGGAGGAUUCUGGUCCAGAUUAUUUUCUGCUUUCUCUCCCCCUGCACACGCGGAGGAGGAGAAGGUGGAGACAGGUGCGGGGCCGGAGUGGGACUCCCAUGGCUUGCCGGCCAACAUCGUGGUUCAGAUUACCAAGCUUAGCGGGCUGAAGAGGUAUAAGAUAUCGGACAUCGUCUUUCUAGACCGCCGACGGGGCUCUACUAUCUCUAGUUCCGUGGAUUCGUUGUUUGAAAUGGUAUCUCUCCGUGCUGGCGGUGUCUACAGCAAGGCUCAGCUCCAGGCUGAGCUGGAAACUCUGGCCUCCUGCGGCAUGUUCGAGAAGGUCGACCUAGAGGCGAAAACUAAGCCAGACGGGACGCUCUCUCUAGUUGUCUCCUUCAUGGAGAGUACCUGGCAGUCCGCGGACUCGUUUAGGUGCAUUAACGUUGGUCUAUUGCCUCAGACAAAACAGCCGGAUAUGGAUCCAGACAUGACUGAUAGGGAGAAGCUUGCAUAUUUCAAGAGCAUGGAAAGGGACUAUCGGAGGAGAAUUGAGCGCUCCCGGCCAUGCCUGCUACCAGUUUCAGUGUACAAGGAGGUGAUGGAGAUGCUGCGUAAUCAAGGGAAGGUGAGUGCUAGGUUGCUGCAGAAAAUUAGGGACAGGGUGCAGAGGUGGUACCAUGAUGAGGGGUAUGCAUGCGCUCAGGUGGUCAAUUUUGGUAAUUUGAACACCAAAGAGGUUGUCUGUGAAGUCGUGGAGGGGGAUAUAACUCAGCUUUCCAUCCAAUUUCAAGAUAAACUUGGAAAUGUCUGUGAAGGGAACACCCAGCUUCCUGUGAUCCGUAGAGAGCUGCCCACGCAGCUCCGGCCAGGGCAUGUCUUCAAUAUCGAAGCUGGGAAGCAAGCUUUAAGGAACAUAAAUUCACUUGCUCUUUUUUCUAACAUUGAGGUGAAUCCAAGACCUGAUGAAAAGAAUGAAGGAGGAAUUAUAGUUGAAAUUAAGCUCAAAGAGUUAGAACAGAAAUCUGCUGAAGUUAGUACAGAGUGGAAUAUUGUACCUGGGCGUAAUGGGCGACCAACAUUGGCAUCUCUUCAACCUGGUGGAACAGUGACCUUUGAGCAUAGGAACAUCAAAGGGCUUAAUAGAUCCAUAAUAGGUUCUGUAACAUCGAGCAAUCUUCUAAAUCCUCAGGAUGAUCUGUCUUUCAAGUUUGAUUAUGUACAUCCCUAUGUAGAUGGGGUGACCAACCCGCGCAACCGGACGUUUCGUGCUAGCUGCUUUAACAGCAGAAAGAUGAGUCCAGUCUUCACUGGUGGGCCUGGAGUGGAUGAAGUUCCUCCAGUCUGGAUCGACCGAGUCGGGUUCAAGGCUAAUAUAAGUGAGAGCUUCACACGUCAAAGCAAGUUCACUUAUGGAUUAGUGAUGGAGGAGAUAACAACUCGUGAUGAAACAAGUAGCAUUUGUACUCAUGGUGCCAGGCCUUUACCGAGCGGCGGCUUGAGCAUGGAUGGACCUCCCACCACGCUCAGCGGCACUGGUGUCGACCGCAUGGCAUUUGCGCAAGCGAAUAUUACACGUGACAACACAAAAUUUGUAAAUGGCGCUGUUAUUGGUGAGCGGAAUGUGUUUCAGUUGGAUCAAGGCCUUGGGAUCGGCAGCAACUUUCCAUUCUUCAACCGUCACCAACUAACCUUAACUCGCUUCAUUCAACUAAAACAAGUAGAAGAAGGAGCCGGAAAACCUCCGCCACCUGUUCUCGUCCUUCACGGACAUUACGGUGGCUGCAUCGGUGAUCUGCCGAGCUACGAUGCUUUCACCCUCGGCGGACCGUACUCCGUGAGAGGUUACAACAUGGGGGAACUCGGCGCCAGUCGAAACAUUCUAGAGGUUGCUGCUGAGUUGAGGAUUCCUGUGAGGAAUACUCAUGUGUACACAUUUGUGGAGCAUGGAAAUGAUCUCGGAAGCUCGAAGGACUUGAAGGGGAAUCCGACGGAGUUCUUUCGACGCGUCGGACAUGGGUCGUCGUAUGGUGUGGGUGCGAAGCUGGGGCUGGUGAGAAUGGAGUAUGCAGUUGAUCAUAAUUCAGGAACUGGAGCUGUGUUUUUUAGAUUUGGUGAAAGAUUUUAGGUGAGUGGUGAGUUAGUUUUGUUAUUGAAUUCUAGGCUGGAUUUCAUGCUUCAGAGAUUUUUUUUUAAUUAUUAUUUUUCAGUCA